AUGCGUACCCUCGAUUCGCUUGCACCCACGAAGAGCGAAACGAACGCUUCCAAGGGCAGUUCGAGUUCUACCCGGUCGAGGACCGCGUUGCAGGUCCGUAAGCAGGACAGUCAGCGAGGCCGCUGCUUCCUAUGCAAUGGUGAACAUUACGUGCGGCAAUGCGAGAAGUAUCUCGGGAAAUCGGUGGCAGAGCGCAGGCAGUACGUGGAGGCGAAUAACUUGUGCGUGAAUUGCCUCGGGAGGCAUAAGUUAUCCGAAUGCCCGUCGCGGAAAACAUGCUUAUCGUGCAGCGAGCGUCAUCACUCGACGUUGCAUGACGCCUUCGUCGCCGUCGCUGCGGUCACGGUUCACGCCACAACACCGAGACCGGCUGCUGCUGUCGCCACGCUUGUGAUGACCGCGCGCGUCCGCGUAACCGACCGACACGGUGUCGAUCACUUCGCGCGGGCUCUGAUCGAUCCUGGGGCUGAGUCCUCGCUGGUGACGGAGUCAUUGGCGCAGCGACUCCGGCUGCCCCGUUCGCACACUUCUGUGGCGGUAUUCGGGGUCGGUGGUGUCCAGACAGGUGUUGCCCGCGGACGAAUUGACUUGCGCGUCUCGCCUCGCCGGGAGGGCUCUCCGAUUGUUGUGUCGGCACUGAUCUUCCCUCGCUUGCCGCUCUACGAGAGCGAUAUGCAGGCCGACAGUACAGGGUGGCCUCAUCUCGCUGGCCUGGCUCUCGCUGACCCGGACUUUCUGAGGGCGGACCCGGUGGACAUCCUCUUGAGCACGAACGUGUACGCCGCCAUCCUCCAGACCGGGCUGCGGAAGGGCGGGCCUGGCCAGCCUGCGGCGCAGCGGACAUCAUUUGGCUGGCUUCUCUGCCGUGUUGAGGACGACCUCGCUUCUUUGGUGAGAGGAUUCUGGCAGCAAGAGGAGCUGCCUGUGGGACCCGCACCUCUCACUCCGCUCGACCAGGAGUGUGAGGACCUGUUCCGUCGCAUGCAUCGCCGUCAAGACGACGGCCGUUACAUCGUGCGCCUCCCGGUGGUUGACCCGCUGCCGGACUUGACUGCUACGAAGCGCGCUGCCUUGCGCGCCCUCACCGCGACGGAGAAGAGGUUCGCUCGAGAUGACCGACUGCGCGAGCUGUACCUCGACUUCAUGCGAACGUAUGAGGAGCUCGGACACAUGGUUCGCUCGGACGCUGCAACGGGAGCCAGAGUGAGCUAUUUACUUCAUCAUGGCGUACUGCGUGAGGCCAGCUCGACCACUAAGCUGCGCGUGGUAUUCAAUGGCUCUGCAGCUGGCUCCUGCGAAGAGUCGCUGAAUCAGAGCCUUCUGGUGGGCCCAAAUCUGUUACCUCCGCUCGCUGACGUCUUGCUGCGCUGGCGAUUGCAUCGCUACGUCCUGGCCACGGACGUAGAGAAGAUGUAUCGCCAGAUUCUGGUCCAUCCUGAGGACCGGGACCUCCAGCGCAUCCUUUGGCGGUAUAGCGCCCGGGAUGAAGUAGCGGAGUUCCGCUUAAACACCGUGACAUACGGCUUAGCGUGUGCGCCGUUCCUGGCCAUGCGCACUCUCCGCCAGCUGGCCGACGAUGAAGCGGACAACUACCCGCUGGCUGCUCGAGCUCUCUAUCGGGACGUCUACAUGGAUGACGUCUUAACAGGUGCCUCGAGUCUGGAGGAGGCGUUCGAGCUACGCCGACAGUUGACCGACCUGUGCAUGGCGGGCGGCUUCCCCCUGCGCAAGUGGUCGGCCAACGAGACGCGAAUCUUACAGGACGUUCCAGCGGAACACCGCAUGCAGCAGGCGCUGCGAGACUAG